AUGUUAUAUGCACUUAAACCGCAGCAGGUACAAAUCCUAACACUUUGGAUUGUGCCGCCUGGGUACCAGCCUAUAUGUUGAGGAGUCUUACUCGCCAGAUUAUUUCCUAGGAACAGGCGUCGGACAAUUCACGUACAAAAUCACGUCUAAAUAUGAAACUGGAGGUUUUCUGUGGGGGUCACUACGACUCCAAGCCCGUGGAGCUGUGCAGCGACGCCGAGGGCAGUAUCCCGUCGCCGCUGUCCGCAGAGGAGGAACUGGGAUCGGAUGGAGACUGCCUGGCGCACAGUCCGGCACCUGUUCCGCUGUGCGCCGAGAGCAAAGGCAAGCCCUACACCCGGAGACCCAAACCUCCAUAUUCCUACAUCGCCCUGAUCGCCAUGGCCAUCCGUGACUCCGGCUCGGGUCGUCUCACUCUGGCCGAAAUCAAUGACUACCUCAUGAAAAAGUUCCCGUUUUUUAGAGGCAGCUAUACGGGUUGGAGGAAUUCGGUGCGCCACAACCUGUCACUCAAUGACUGCUUUCUGAAGGUGCUACGAGAUCCCUCCAGACCGUGGGGCAAGGAUAACUACUGGAUGUUGAACCCGCAAAGCGAGUACACCUUUGCGGACGGCGUUUUUCGUCGAAGGAGAAAGCGCAUUAACAAAAAAACAGGCAAGGAGCCAGAGGGGCCGAACCAAGUGGACACCGGGGACUCUGUUAUUGCGCCUCCGUCCAGCGCCAAGUUUACGAGUUCUUUCGCCAUUGACAGCAUUCUCAGCCGACCUUUCAGAAAAGAGGAACGCCCCGUUCACAAAACUGACACUUGGCAGGUGGGAGUGGACAUGGUCCCUUAUGUCAUGCGUGGCUCCCCUGCCGCUCUCCUUCACGCGCAGGUGCUUCGAGGGUCCUACGAGGAUCCUGCUAUGACCUGCCGUUACCAAAGAGACUUCUGUCCUUUCCAGCUGACCUCCGAGGGCAUCCCGGUCCCUUACGCGACUACUGCGGUACCCGUGACGGGUUAUCACCGGUUCAAGAUUGACUAUUUGUUGUCAUAAUGGUGUGAGGGUCGGAAUAUGGAACGUUGGCACUUUCUGUGUAGCCUAUACUCAUAACUUAAUGCACACACAUUUCAUCAGAUCACCUCGACGCCGAUUGGUUUUGGUGCACUGUCGAUAAGGUCGCAAAAUAUAUGAAAAGCAGCGAACGCAGAGUUGUGAACAGUGAACUAUUUAACUAAUUUCUGUUGUUUAUUGUCAUACUGAACGAUCUAUAUAUUUAUGAUGUUUUGUCAUUGUUUUAUUUGUGAUUGUUCUAAACUUGCUGAACCAUUUGCCUCUAUCCAUUCGUAUAAAAUAAAAGCGAUACUGUACCUGUUUUCAUUUCAGAUUAACCAGCACGCAAGAUAAACCAUUCGAGACAAACUCAUUUUGAGUUCUUAUUGAGAGGGUGAGGCAGUAAGCUGGAACUAGAAUGUAUAUUUCAUUUUCCUGAAAGAAUGCAUGCGCAUUUUGUACUGAAUAAUAAAAUAUAUUUUCAAACGAA